AUGCAGCCACGGUCGUGGCUGCACCUUCCCAAGCAGGAAUUGGCCCAUUAUCAAACUCCCCCGCAUGGAAUCUGCUGGACUUCCAGCUCGGAGAUACCGAUCCAUACCCGGCAACACACUCGUCAUAUCGAGGUGAUUUGCUCCACAUUCCUCAGUGCUUGGCGACAUUGUUGGAUGAGCGGUUCGCUGUGUUCCCCACACGCCGGAGGCGGUACCGCCAUGUCGUGCCACACUGGAACCUCCCCCAUAUUAGACACAGAGCAGCUCAAAAGUCCUGAUCAAGCGACUGUAUCAACAACUCCAAUACUCGAUAGACCAGAGCCAAAUCGUGCUCUACAAAGCUUGCUGAUCCCCCCGCAGUCUAAAGGGGCGGGCGGAACAACCUAUUCGCCCCGAGGCGGGACGCGCAGCCCAGUCGAACCACUGGUAUCAUCACCGUUGCGCAUUAGUUCUUCAGCUAUGGCAUCAGCUCCAAGCUCCCCGGAGAGGCAGACAGCCGAACCCGCCUUUCCUCGCAGAUCAUCCGACCAGGCAGUCGCGACUGGUCGACCAAGUACGGGCCGGCUUGGCGAUGAUGACGCACAAUCCAAUGUUGCUUCAAAUUUUGGAGAGCAUCCUCAUACGAAAAAGCGAUUCUUGCAAGCCCGGGAUAGAUCUCAGGGCCGCAAGGGCAUGGCAGCUAUGAUCCCUGGCCGACUUCUUCCUCGGAGCUUCUCCCGUGGCCGAGACUCAUCACACGGAUCUUCCCAACGUGGAUCGUCACUUGACUCCAGAUCUCCCCCUUCCCCGGAGCGGGGUCGUCCCAGCUCUUCAGGUGGUCAUUCUUCACAUGUGGAAGAUUUCAAGCCUGCCCCUGCGAGCUCGGACAAGGGCAAGGUUGUCAACAUCCACGACUCACUCAACAAGUCCGAAGAAACUUUCGCAAGGCCUACUGGGGACCUACCCGACUACGUCAAACCGACGGCCUCGGAGGAGGGAGGAGAGCGACUUGCCAAGGACGUCUUCGAUCGCGACCAGAACAUGAUCGAAAGUAGCGAAGACGAGGCCAAUGACACCUCGAGUGAUGAUGAUAGCACUCUGGAUGGUCACCGAGGCCGAGGUCGCACCCAAAAACAGAAGGAGGGCGGCGAUAUCACAUCUAUCACCAAGAGUGAUUUCGAGAAACCAACAGAUGAGAAAACCAAACAACCGGAGGAACCAAAAGCGGCUGACAAGGCCAAUGGAUCCCAAGAAAAGAAGCCCCGAAAGUCUGCCUUGAAGCCCGUUGUACAUCCGCAGACGAGCUUCGACAUUCCAACACCCCGUAUCCACUCCGUCGCCGGUACGCCCUACGGCUCGGAAGAUGAGGCUGAGAUUGGCGACAUUCACCGGGCCCAGAAGCUUAGCAUCUCAAUGUCCGAAAUUGACAACGGUGUUCCUCAUCGAUCAAUAAGAACCAUUGUCCGUGGCAAUUUCUCAAGCCUGCAAGAUCAGGGAGAUGGCAGCCGUCGGCGCCGACGCAAAUAUUUGAUCGCCACUGAUUUAAGUGAAGAAUCCGUCUAUGCACUUGAAUGGACCAUCGGAACCGUUCUGAGGGAUGGCGACACGAUUUAUGCCAUCUACGUCAUACAUGAGGACUCGACAACCACUUCAGCGGUACAAGUCGGCGAAGGAGCAAAGGCAAUGAAAGAUGCAAAAGCAGUUGUUGGAAGCCAGACAAAGGAGGCGAGUCAAAGCUCUGGAUCCCGCACAAUACUGGGUCGUCUCGGCCCUGGCACUGCUAGUAAAACACACUCGGUUGAUUCAAGGGCCUCGUCCAUGGCUGAAGCUGAACGGGUUAGGGCAGUCGAGACUGUGUCCCAGACCUGCGUGAAACUACUGCGAAAAACAGUCUUGCAGGUCCGCAUUGCCGUUGAGGUAAUUCACUGCAAGAACCCAAAGUCCAUGAUCACAGAGGCCAUUGAUGAGCUGGAACCGACUCUUGUUAUCGUGGGUGCACGAGGCCAAAGUGCAUUAAAGGGUGUCCUUCUUGGUUCCUUCUCCAACUACCUCCUCUCCAAUUCCUCAGUACCGGUAAUGGUAGCACGCCGGAGACUGAAGAGACCCACGUGGAAGGAUAAACUCAAGGGCGUGACGAAUGUACGCCUGUCCAACAAUCUAAUUACCCCGAAGAGUCUUUCUCAGGCAAAGGUGGAUUGA